AGAAAGCCUGCAACUAUACUAACCACCCAUUGGAUUGCAUCAGGGAAAACGAGCCGGAGAUUUAAAAAUCUGUAGGAACAGGCGAGGCAUGUCAAGUGAAUGAUUCCUUGAGUAAGAAACGGAUUCAAGGGGAGCCUUCGGUGGAGGCGGGGGGAGCACCCUGCUUUAUAGAUGAGAGUGUGAACACACGCGGACAACUCCUGAGGAAGACCUUGGAUUGUGAUUGCCGGCUCAGAAAUGCAGGGUCUAAGCUCCCGAGCUCACGCUUUCUCAGUGGAAGCCUUAGUGGGGAGAGCGUCGUGCAAGAGGAUGAAGUUAGAGAACAGGAAAGAAGAGAACGCGCAGAACGUUCCCCGGAACGCGGAGCAGCAGGAUAUGCCCGCAUGUACCGUUAUCAGCGAGGAAGAGGAGCCAGACAACGAAACAGAGAGAAGACGGAAAGGUGACCUGGCCCAGAGGGAACCCGCUGAAGAUGAGUGUGAUCAGGAGAAGGAGGUGGCGGUGGAGCUCCAGGGGACCGACCUGUGGAACAGAUUUCACGAGAUCGGCACAGAGAUGAUCAUCACGAAGGCCGGGAGGAGAAUGUUCCCGUCCGUUCGUGUAAAAGUGAAGAGUCUGGAUCCCUUCAAGCAAUAUUACAUCGCACUGGAUAUCACGCCCGUCGACUCAAAAAGAUACAGGUACGUGUACCACAGCUCGCAGUGGAUGGUGGCUGGCAAUACGGACCACUCGUGCAUUGCGCCCCGGCUGUACGUGCACCCCGACUCGCCCUGCUCCGGAGAGACCUGGAUGCGUCAGGUCAUUAGCUUCGACCGCGUCAAACUGACCAACAACGAGCUGGACGAUAAGGGACAUAUAAUUCUGCAGUCUAUGCACAAGUACCAGCCGAGGAUCCACGUCAUCGAGCAUGACCCCAGAGUGGACCUCUCGCAGAUCCAGUCGCUGCCCGCCGAAGGUGUGCAUAGUUUCUCGUUCCCUGAAACCCAGUUCACGACCGUCACGGCUUACCAGAAUCAGCAGAUCACCAAGCUGAAGAUCGACAGGAAUCCGUUUGCCAAAGGCUUCAGGGACCCAGGGAGAAACAGGGGGGUGUUGGACGGACUGCUUGACUCUUACCCGUGGCGGAAUCCUCUUGGUUUCGACCUGAAAGGAUUUUCCAUGGAACCACACGGAGGGAAUUCUGGGUAUUUGUCCUCCUGUGGGACCCAGUCCGCCCUGAAGGGUCUCCUGUCUCCCGCCUGCACCCCGCCCUCCUUCCCGUUCAGCAUUCCCUGCUCGGAUACUGCGCUACCCGGCCUGACCCUCCCACUCUGCUACAAGGCGUCCCCGUCAGCCGGCCUGCUAGCGGCCAGGCCCUAUGGCCUUCCGGGGCCUGAGAAGUUGCGGGAUCUCUCCGAGUGCCGGCCCGUGGCAGACUUUCAGCUCCUGUCUGCCCUGCACCGGAAGAAGGAGUCCAGCUGCAGGGCCCAGUGCCUCCGAAGGUUACCCGCUGGACCCUCCUGCCAGCCUACGCUGCACAGUCUCCAAGGCACCGGGGUUUCUGUGAUCCACCAGCCGUACCUGCAUCACGAGACACUGCAGCAGCAGCUGCCACCUCCUUACAGCCUCUACGGAUACAGCCUCCCCACAGGAACCCACUUCCCAGGUGCAGCUCGGCACCUGAAACUGUCUGACGGCUUGACUCUGAUGCCCGCCGAUAAUUUGCUGCCCCGGGCACUUUGUCACCCCACCAUUAACCACUGUCUUUGACCGUCCUGGCCCCCCACCACUCUCUUCCUGCCAAAGAAAUCUUUCUAGACCUGACCGGUCCCUGAAGUGCUCAAGAACUGCUCCUGAAACUGACACACAACCUUUCCAUUUAUGUGUGCAGCGCUGGGGCUGAGGUGCGGUGAAACAGCACAUAGAGCGAUCAGCAGCACACAGAGCGGUCAGCAGCACACAGAGCGAUCAGCAGCACACAGAGCGGUCAGCAGCACACACAGAGGUCAGCAGCACACAGAGCGAUCAGCAGCACACACAGAGGUCAGCAGCACACACAGAGGUCAGCAGCACACAGAGCGAUCAGCAGCACACAGAGCAGUGUCAGAAAACAGACCCAACUGACAAUUCUUUGAACGUCUCUAAAUGCGAAUGUGAUUUGUCUACAGCUAGUGAACACAAAGGUAGGUUUCUCCUGGAUAGAAGUAUCUUUAAUACUUCUACAUCUCUGCAAUGUACCAGUUUAAACUGCAGUAUCCCUAUAAGCAGCAGAAAUUGUAAAGCUUC